UAUUAGAGAGAGAGAGAUGGAGAAGAUACAAGGAGUUGUCAGAAAACAUGUCCUAAUACUCCCUCUUCCUCUGCAAGGACACAUAAAUCCAAUGCUGCAAUUUUCCAAGCGACUAGCCAGCAAAGGACUCAAAGUGACACUACUCACCUUCACCGACAAACCAUCCAACGAAGGCGAAGGUGGGUUAAUAAGCUUUGAAUCCAUUUCCAAUACUAGCGAAGAAAGCAGAUUGGAUAUGGAUGCUGAUGACUAUAUGCAGAAAUUGCAAGAUUUGGUGGCAUUAAAAUUGCCACAAAUUGUUGCAAAGCAUGAGGAGUCUGGUUUCCCUGUGAGUUGCCUCAUAUAUGACUCCAUCUUGCCAUGGUCUCUGGAGCUAGCCAGAAAGGUUGGAAAUUCUCCAGCGGUAUUCUUCACACAAUCAUGUGCAGUUUGUGCUAUCUAUUAUGCAGUUCAUGAAGGGAGGCUUAAGAUUCCUAUUGAUGAUGAGGCCUCUGUCGUACUACAAGGGAUGCCACCCCUUGAGGCCUAUGACUUGCCAUCUUUCGUUUAUGACUUGGAAAAGUAUCAAGGUACAUUGAGCUAUUUGGCAAAUCAGUUUUCGAACAUUGGAGAAGUUGAUUGGAUCUUUUACAACACUUUCGACAUCUUGGAACAAGAUGAUUUGCUUAUUCACUGUAUAAACCAAGAAAGGGUGGCUAGCUGGAUGACAAGCAAGUCUCCAAUAAGGCUAAUCGGACCAACAAUACCAUCAAUGUAUUUGGACAAGAAGUUGGAGAACGACAAGGACUAUAUAUGGCCUCACCCUAAUUCCGGAGGGACGCGUCACUGUACGCAGUCGUUGCUGUGGUUUGGUCUGCUCGACGUUUUCCAGGUUGCGAUACCGGCUUUUCAAUUUGCCGAUUGGCUGUUUUGGGUGCUUGAUGAUUUUCUUUCAGUGGGUUCCUAUUGCAUGUCGCAUGUUUUAUUUGGCUGUUUGAUUGACUUUUUGGUGUCCUCUCCGGCGUGGUCAUAG